GUCUGAUUGGCUGAUUUCAGUUGGUGGAAAUUUAAAAAUGGAAAGCUGAUUGUGAGUCUGAACAGCUGCUCCACCGUGACAGAAACACGCAACCUGGAAGAUCUGCUUUCAGAUUAAAGCCGGCAGAAGGAUGUUGGCCGCAGAGGACGGAGGCCAGCUGCAGUGCUGUGUGACGGUGGAGCAGCUGAACAGCUGCGGCCAGGCCACCCGCAGACAGAUCAUCCGCAAAGCCUCCGUUAUUCUGGGGCGCAACGAGUUCCAGGAGAUCCUCCUCCGAGUGCACGACGGGAAAACGGCUCACAGCUACCCGCUGAAAGACUUCAAGCUCUUCACCAAGUUCGCCAGGGACGGGAAGUGCACCGUGAAGCUGCUGCCUGAAAACCUCCAGCUGCUGAUCUCCAACUGUCCUCCUGACGGCCUGAAGCUGUUCCUGCAAACCCUCAGCAUCAAGCACCAGGCCUGGCAGAGCAGCAAGCCUCUGACCGCCCGAGAGAAGCUGAAAGCCGGCCUGCCCCGCAGCUUCGAGGCCAUCAGCCCGCUGCAGCAGAAGGACCUCCAGAAGGCGAAUGAGGUGCGGAGCAGGAUGCCUGCUGCGGGGCUGACUGACCGCAGCAACAGGGGCCCCGCUGCGGGGCCAGGCCAGCAGGGCAAACGGCCCCGGAGCGACGCUGGCUGCAGCCCGGUGAAGGGCAACCCCAGUAAGAGAGCCUUGUUAUCUCUUCCUGUUCGGAGGCUCAGCAGAGAGCAGACGGCUGUUCUCAGUGCCGUGCUGAGUGGCAAGAACGUCUUCUUCACUGGAAGUGCAGGUACAGGAAAAUCCUUCCUGCUGAAGAGAAUCAUCGGAUCUCUCCCCCCAAAGAGCACCUUUGCAACAGCCAGUACAGGAGUAGCAGCCUGUCACAUUGGAGGAACCACACUGCACAGCUUCGCAGGUAUUGGCUCAGGCUCCGCCCCCCUUGAGCAGUGCAUCGAGCUGGCUCAGAGGCCCGGUGUGCUGCAGCACUGGACCAGCUGUCGACACCUCAUCAUCGAUGAGGUCUCCAUGGUGGAGGCCCAGUUCUUUGACAAACUUGAGUCCGUUGCCAGGUCGGUGAGGAGGUCCACGGAGCCGUUCGGAGGCAUCCAGCUGAUCGUCUGUGGGGACUUCCUUCAGCUUCCUCCAGUUUCUAAAGGGAAGGAAAAGGCCAGCUUCUGCUUCCAGGCCAGGAGUUGGCGGAAGGUCAUCCAGGUCAACAUGGAGUUGACAGAAGUAAGGAGGCAAACGGACCAGAGCUUCAUCUCCGUCCUGCAGGCAGUGAGGGUGGGCAGGGUGACGGAGGAAGUCACAGCCAAGCUGCUGAAGAGCGCCUACCAUCAGAUAGAGCGGGACGGGAUCCUGGCCACCAGGCUGUGUACGCACAAGGAUGACGUAGAGCUCACCAACCAGAACAAACUCCAGCAGCUGCCAGGAACUUUGAGGACCUUUGAGGCUCUAGAUAGCGACCCAGAACAGGUGAAGACCAUCGAUGCUCACAGCCCAGUCAGCAGGCUGAUCCAGCUGAAAGUUGGAGCUCAGGUCAUGCUCACCAAAAAUCUGGAUGUUGCUCGAGGUUUGGUGAACGGAGCUCGGGGAGUAGUGGUCGCUUUUGACUCGGGGAAACAAGGUUUCCCAUGUGUCCGCUUCCUGUGUGGGGCCACCGAGGUGCUGAGACCGGAGCGCUGGGUGUUCAAAUCUGCUGGAGGGACCCACCUAAGCCGACAGCAGCUGCCCCUGAAACUAGCCUGGGCCAUCUCCAUCCACAAGAGUCAGGGAAUGACUCUGGACUGUGUGGAGAUCUCUCUGGCUCGGGUGUUUGAGAGCGGCCAGGCGUACGUGGCCCUGUCCCGAGCCCGGAGCCUGGAGGGUCUGAGGGUCAUGGACUUUGACCCACACGUGGUCCGGGCAGACCCAGACGUUCUCCUCUUCUAUAGGAAACUGAGGAAGGAGAGGUUGCUCAUGCAGGCCUCCAUGGAUCAUUUUAUCUCCAAUGACAAAGAAAAUUUCCCAUGAGGAACAUCGGCUUCCCCUGAACCUGUAUGCACUGUGUGCAAGACAAUAAUUACCAUGGGACUGGCUGGACUGCACUGCCACCUGCUGGUCAUUUCAGCAACUUCACUUUUUCUUUGAACUUAAGACUUUUUAUGUUUUUAACUAGGAAACCAUGUGUAAUUUAUU